AGAGAAACGGGAAUUUUUUUUUAUAUUGCGUCAAGACGGCCUAAAUCCCAAAGAUUGCGUAUUUCGAGAUGGCAAUUUUUAAAGCCCUUGAUUGCUGGCCUAAAGCUUUCUGAUGCAGAAACACUACCCACUGAGAGACGGUUGCUAGUUAGAAGGCAUCACAAUUUAGAGAAAAUGCAAUAGCUCACACAAUACCGCUGCAGAGAAUAUAAGGCUGCCUUGCCUGUUUUAUGCGUUUUUGUUGACGUGAUUGAGCAAGGAGAGAUUGACCCAACGAGAUAAUGCCGGACACUUCUGUCCGAUGAAAAAAAUUAGAAAUGCAGACUGCCCCCGCUAAGUUAAGCCAAGCUUUAACAAUACUUGGUUAACUAAAAGCACGUUGUUUGCGACUGUCGGAGCAAAUCACCGACUCUUUUGCAUUGUGUUUAGUUGCGUAAUUAGGCGAACUUUAUUAUAUAUUUCUGAAGUCUUAAAGGAAAAAUACCAAUUUGAAAAGUGGCAAAACGUGCAACGAAACAUGCGAAACGUCCACGCGUCUUCACGAAAUACGAAAGAAAGAAAAAAACAAACAGACGUGAAGAUUUGACGUCACAAUCGCAGUGCUCUCAAACGCGCCUCACGCGAUGGAAGAGCGUUCACAUAACCUAUCGAGUUGCCGGUAAGAAAAUGACAAAGCAGUGACGCAGGCGUUGGCUUCGAAUUACACGUCGGCGAUUAAUCUUGGUUGCGCUGCAGAUUGCAACGGACGCGGCCAUUCGUGAUAGCGACAAACAGAAUAACGGACCUGAAGUUGUCGCUACCCUGUCGCUUUCUUGACAAUAGCGUACUAGUUUAAAAAAAGCGCGGUUCUUUCACACGUGACACCAUAGAGAGCAUGCAUGCGAGUGGGUGCUCGCAGGGGGGUUCGUUUCGUACUUCGCGGGCUUUGUAUAUUAUGACGUGGAAAUAAUUACUGUUGCCUAAUUCGUAAUCAUUUUAAUACUGCUGAGCCGAUCAUAGCGUAGUACGCAGUAUAAGUUCUUCUGUGCAAGUUUUUUUCUUGUCUAAAUAGAACACUAGCAGCGUUGAGUGAUUAAACUUGAGUAACUGCGCAACUAAAGAAAAAUGCGAGACAGUUGUGCGAUUUGCUGUGCAGACGUUCCGACAGCGAGGGUUAAGUCGCGUCUUUCUAUAGUGCGCCCGUAUCUUGUAAAACCUUGGUUAAAGUUCGUUAGGACAAGCAGGCACGUCACAAGGCACAGACAUUACACACGCAGGGGAACAAAUAAUCAAGGCAUCACGAAAUGACGAAAAACAAAACAAGAGGAGCACGAAACGUCUCCCAUAAAAAAAAAAAGAGCAUUGAAUUCACCUGAAAUGCACAAAACCAAACAUGUCACAAUACAGAAAACAUGAAGAUAAAUCAAUGGCGUGUCUUUUUUUUUCUCGUGCUCGGCCCUGUGCUUCGUCACGGUCAUUCCCCAAACACGCCCAACCGUGGAUGCCACUGAUAUUUUAUGUUAUUCACGGAACAGUUCUAAAUUACGACCUAAAUGGAUGACUGAAUCCGCAGAUGUAGAAGCAAGUGCGCUCGCGCCAUUUUCUCGGGACAGAUAGCGUCGCGCGCUGGAAAUUAAAGAAAGAAACAAGAACAAAUGCGGAGACUCCAACUUAUCACUUGAAAUGUUCGCUGCCUUGGCGUGCCUAAUCGAACCCUGACUCCUUAACACGUCCGUUCGCCGAUGCGUUAGAGGCUCAUUAUAGACUGGUUACAAAAGUGUCUAGAGCGAUGACACGGAGAGAUUACAAAUUUGGUCUUAUCUUACUUUUUGCCCUUGUGUCUGAGCUAAAAAAAAAAAGCCAUUCUCAGAAUUGAAAAGAAAGAAAGAAAGAGAAUGAAACUAAAGGGGUCACUGGCUCACGGUAGUGACCGAGCAUGAAACUGCUAACCCCGAACUAAUCCUUUCCACAGCGGUUUUCCACCACAAGGCGGCUUUGGUGACGCAACCGUUUUGAAUUCGAGUUGAUUGUCUCUGUGAGAUUACCGGCCAUUCUGAUAUUAGUUAGGCCUUCAGCGUGGGAAAUCUACUUCAUCGGCACUCCCGCAUUGGCUUGUCGGAAUACAGAGACCCAGUAAACUAUUACCACCACUAAAAGAGCGCGGUAUUGUGGACGCUUCGGUGCGCCUACGGUCAAUUGAGGAAACGAAGAAAAACAGAAGUAGACUGUCUACGAGUUAUGUCGGAGCGUCAGUGGUUUGUGCUUGUGCACUAGUCCAGCCGGGGACAGCCACAUAUACAAGAAACGAAAAGCGCCGGCCAAACGGGUAGUAUCGCUUGAGACAAAUUCGCGCUCCACUUGGGUGGCGGCCGCCGUAGCAUCCGCAUCGCUGCACCGUUUUACAGAGGCAAGCAGGCGGUAACGCGCUGAAAGAAAGGAAUUCGAGGGGCGAUGUUGAAACGAUAGAGAGAAAGUUGGUUAGCAGUGCCUUGCCCCCGUGGCUCAGCGCUGGCCUCACGUUUUCUUGUUGCCGCCAAACUUUGACCGGCGGCACGGGGGAGAUGACCUUGAGAAUGGUUGGAGCGGAGCACGCGGACGACGUAGCCGUGCCUGGAUGCGUGUAAUAGUCAUAGCGCCGCAUUAAAAAAAAAGGAAAAAGGAAAAGGCUGCUACGCGGCUAACAGCCAAGGAGAUGAGUGGGACCGUGUCAGCAACGCUGUAUUAUCCCCGUAAAUUCUGUCGGGAUCUCGGCGGAGGGUCUCUCUCGCCUUGCAGAAUCGCUACCGUCGGUAUAAGCGCUCAGUAUACUGUAUCAGUGCGACCGCACCUGAAAACAGCGUUAUCUCAGAGAGUCCUUUCGACCGGCGUUUAUCCGGCGAUCGAGAGGCUUCAGCAAGUUCGCAACCGGUGCUUUGCAUACGCGUACGCAGCGAGGCUGGUCCCAGGGGGAGCCACUGUUUACACGCUUUAUGAGUUCGGCGCUGUAGGUCUUUCCUCCUCGCGGAAGAACGCGGCGCGGCGCCUUUGAAACGCGCGCCGCCUGGUGCUGGCGUUACUGCACGCAAAUAGAAAGAAAAGGAUGGGCUUUUAUCGUUUGUUUUAGAUAGUUACGGCGUUCGGGAAUUUUCAACGGGCACGCGGAGACAAGAAAACGUGUUUGUACACCAACGCGCACGCGUGGUUCGCCAGAUUCGGCGGUGUGUGUCUCUCGACGUCAUCGCCGUGAGCUUUUAAAACCGGGGCACGCGGAGUUCAUCCGCUCCAAAGAAACCCCGGACAUCGACGCAAGACGCUGGUCGCAACACUCGCACGGCGGAGCCACAGCACAGAGCGUCGAACCAGCGCCCUGCGCAUCGCACAACAUGACUGCUGGAAAUCUCCGCAGGCGGCUGACCAUGCUGGUAGGCGUCGCCAUUCUGUACGUGGUUGCCAUGGCAGCAGGGGCGGCUGCGCUCGCGGUGACCGACGUCCGGCCGUCCAUUGAGCAAGCCGAACAGCGGGCACGCGAGCUGACCGAGAUACUGGCCAGCCUCAAGACCACAAUUCUCCCUCGGCACUGCACUGACCUUCUCGGUGCUGGACAGCGCUCGAGCGGAGUGUACACAGUGUUCCACAAGGGUGCCGGUCCUUCCGGAAAGAGCGUCUACUGCGACAUGGACACUGAUGGUGGUGGCUGGACGGUCAUUCAGAGGCGAGGCCAGUUCGGCAACAGAGUGUACCACUUCUACCGCAACUGGACCGAGUACGCUCGAGGCUUCGGUGAUCCAUCUGAGGAGUACUGGAUUGGGAACGACGCGCUUAAUGCGCUUACGUCGAGCGACCAGACCAUGGUUCUGCGUGUGGUCCUGAGCAACAGCACGCACGACAGCGCAUCGGUCGACUACGAUAGCGUUCGGGUGGAACCCGAGAGUAAUCUUUACAGAAUACACCUCGGAAAGUUCUCCGGACCUGAAGGUUGGGACUCCAUGGCGAUAUCGAACGGCCAGAACUUCUCCACGCACGACCGGGACAACGACCUGUGGCCCCAGAACUGUGCCUCGACUUUCCGGGGCGCCUGGUGGUACAACAGCUGCCACUCGGCCAACUUGAACGGCCUCAACCUGAACGGGCCGCACGAGAGCUUCGCCGACGGAAUCGAGUGGAGUCUGCGAGGCUCCUCGGUCCCGCUCCACUACCACUCCUAUCCCAGCGUUAAGAUGAUGAUACGACCAGUGGAAAUGCCGCGUUUCUUGCUGCGCGAGUAACCAGGAGCGCGGAGGCCACCCGCACAGAGCCACCCUCUGCGUCACCAGAAAACCCAUGAUCGCCCUGUCACUUUCACAUCAUUCGAAGGACGCUAAAUAUAAGAAUUACGCUCGAUUGGCAUUGUCCACGUUUCUGCAAUUGCAAGCAGCUCGAUGUUACCGUAAACAAUGCCUUGGUGAGACAGAUACUGCUCAAAAGCUAGAAAAGAAUGACGGUGCCACCUCUAGAUAGGCAUGCUAGCUCUCGUGAAUGUGCUGAGAAGGCAAUAUUGGGAGUUCAGGAAGCAAGACAAUUUCCCUGUCUUGUGAUUCAACACAAACGAAAAACACAAUUUCAACACGUCAAGUCACAUCAAUGCAAAGUAAGAAGCCUUUUUGCUGGUUUGAUUGCUGACAAGAAACACGGUUCCACCUAGAAAAAAAAAAAGACAGCGCAAUUUUUAAAUAAAUAUACGCACAUCUACAGGGCUUCAGCCCUUGUCUUUAGUGUCCCAUUGAGUGUUAUGCGGCCAAAAAUUUCGUCAACAUCACACUGUUUUUCUACGAACAAACUGAAGUGUACGUCUCCCAUAUGUUUGUAAAUGACUGGGGAUUGUUGUACGAUCCCCCGCGCACUUAUUUAGGGCACGGGGGCGUUCUUUAGCGGCGCACGUCUGCGCCGUGAAGUGGAGGUCGCUGGCUCAAGUAGGAUUCCUCUUCAGCAAGCAGUGCAUUAGCGGCGGGCCAACACUAAGCGCGCUGCCCCCUGUGCAGCAAAAGCAUGUAUUUCAGUGGGCGAAGGCCAGAAGGUACGCCUUGGCUUCACAUCUCGAUGACUGCUGAGGCUCGCCUGGCUCAACGCGGGGAUGCGGCAAGACGAAGACGCAUUGCAUUGCGAAGCCAAUUUGUGGAGCCAUUACAUUGUGUAUCUGGCAUCGUAUGCCCAAAGCUAGUUGACUCUAACUAGUGGGCUACGGUCAACGGCGCAAAACGCACGGCUGCGUCCACCGCUCUCGCGUUCUAGAAAACUGCGACGGGGGCUGCGCGUGUACUCUGAAGCUAUCACCGCCCGUACUUGGUCCCCCGUGAAAGUGAAGACGGAGGCUUUAUUUGAAAAGGUGUGACUGUCAAGGCGUUUAGCGAAUAAAGAAAACAAAAAAACACCGUUUCUGCUGAAGAUUCUAACUGCCAAUGAUCCGAUUUGGUGACGGAAGGUUACGCAAAGUAAAAUUGGUGGCAUUCAUUACGCUUUGUGCCGGUGUCUUCCCAAUGAUUAUAAAAACUCAAGUGGUGGUGAAUGAAUUCUUGAACAGCUAUUCAUUGCUGACUACUCCAGAAAUUUUGGGGCUGUUGCCCGACUCAGAGGUUUUAUUAGCAGAGGUCUAACUGAUGCUGUGAAAUAAAAAACU